ACAGAUACUUUUUUUUUGAGUUUCUAGGCAUGGUUUCAUUUUUAUUAAUCUUUUUUUACAACUUGUGUGCUUUAGCUGGGCAAGUCGAUGCAACCUGCCCCGCUAAUAGAGUCCAACUGUCAAGUCAGGAUAUUCUUUAAAUAAUAAAUAAUGUAACCAAACGCUGUCAUAUAGCCCCAGAACAUUUGGAAUAUACAUUAUUUUUACCAAAGGACCACUAUGUGAUAAUUUUGUAUCUUUUUACAAGUGCUGCUCGCCAUACACUGCAAUUAUGUGCACAAGCACAUGCAGGACUUUUUUUUAAAUUUCAUGUUGUGGUCUGGAAAAGAAAGAAAUAUAUACAGCAUUAAAGCAACACAAAAGGGUGAGUAAAUAAAGAUUUAGUUUUCAUUUUCGGUAAAUUAUCCCUUGAAUUAAGAAAUUACUUUGAACCCAUACCUGUGUUUUUGAUAUCAUUAAACUGCAUUACUUUGUGUGUGUGUGUGUGUAUAUAGUGUAAAUAUAUACUUGUACAUAUUAAUCUCACCUGAUCAAGGAUUGGAGCCAACAGGGUUAGUCACGUUUGUGACAUGUGCAAAUAACUUGUUUUCCUUUGGCUCCAAAUCCUCAGUUGUUUUCUCUUUUAGAGAUAUGCAGUAAUUAAGUUCCCCCAAGACAAUACAGUUGAUGUUGUUCCUUCCAACUGGCUUGAAACAACAAAUGAGGGUAUAUAUUGCUAUUGGCCUCGAAAAAACUUUACAGCCAAAGUUAAGCGCAGAGACGUUCCAGAUCCUGCCAUGUGGUCAAAACACUUGGCAUCUGUUCUGGUUUAUGCAGAAAACUAUGAGGAAGCCAGACUCAAGUCAAACCAGGCAACCGUUACUUCAAACCUGGAGAGUGAUGAAGAACCUUCCCGAAGACCAGUACGGCGGCCAGCCAGAUACAGAAGACCACUGGAGGAUAGUGAUGAAGAGGACAUGCCAGCACCAAAGAUGUCACGCACUGUAAAUACAACCAGAUGUCAUGAGGAAGAUCAACCAUCAUCAAAAAGACCCAUUAACAAAGACAACAUAAUGAGCACACCAACGUUCACCCCAAGGAGAGAAUUUUUUGGUGAACGAAUGGCAAAGAAAAGCAUUCCUGAAACGUUGCCAAGAAACACAUUUUCCGAACCUUGUUCUUCAGGGCUUUUAAUUCGUCAAGAACCUGAGUCUGACAGGGAACUUCUAUUCGAAGCUGAUGUGUCCCAAGAUGUUCCCUCAUCAGCUGGGCAAACCAAUUUGUGCAGUACUGAAUUGAAGAAGCUGGAGCGAGCCAUGUUUGUUAGGCUGGACAAACUGGAGCAAAAGAUGUCAGCCAUUGAAACUCUUUUAAGAAGUGUUGUCCAAACAAGCGACACUUCUUGUGAGUUUCUGGUGAAUCCUUGCCAGAGCUCUCAAGAAUUGGAUGAUUUGUGUCUGAAGCUGCAAGACAAUGACUUCCGAAAAAAAAAACUGUAAGUAAAUUUCAUCUUCUGUAUUUUCCAAAAUACAAGUUGGUGAUUUUUCAUCAUCUAAAAUGUGCUGUGAUGUAUAUAAUGCUGUUAUCUUUAAGCAAGCAAAGCAUGCUCAAAGCACACAAAUUGUCAUGUGUUGUGCCAUAGUUCAUUGCAAUCGAACUUCAUGUAGUCUUGGGUUCCGUACCAAAGUUACAAUUUACAUUUGUUUUCAUUUUGUUAUCAUUGUAUACCUGAGGCUUAA